CAUUGUUGAAGUGCCAUGUCCGGAGUGGUGAAUCCGUCCGUGCUGGAUGGCGAGCUCUCGUUCAGCGCGUGCGACUUUGGCCUGGACAAGCGGCUGAGCAAGGCAUGCGCGAAAAUGCAAUUCGUGCAUGCAACCCUUGUACAGAAGCAUUGCAUCCCGCUGGCACUUCAAGGCAAGGACCUGUUGGUGCGCGCGCGGACAGGGUCGGGGAAGACGGCGGCAUUUUGCUUGCCUGUGCUGCAGAAGCUUCUGGCGGCGCACUCCCCCACGACCAAGAAGAGCAUUAAGGCUCUCAUUUUGGUCCCGACCAAGGAACUGGUGGACCAAACCAAGGCGCAUCUGUGGGAGCUGAUGUACUACUGCCGCGACAUUGUGUCCGUGCUGGGACUCAGUGGGCAGACCGUGAACGCCCAACAAGCUCUGCUUCGCGACCUGCCGGACAUCUUGAUCACGACGCCCAGUCGGCUCGUGGUGCAUCUGGACGCGGGCAACGUCGACCUCAAGCAUUCCGUGCACACGGUCGUGAUGGAUGAGGCGGACAUGAUCCUGUCGUUCGGGUACGGCGACGACGUCAAGAAGAUCUUCAACGCGCUGCCCAAGAUCUGCCAGCACUUUUUCAUGUCUGCCACGCUCAGUCCCGAGCUGGACGCGCUCAAGAAGGCGCUGCUGCACAACCCGGCCGUGGUCAAGCUCGAGGAAGGGUCGUCGGAUGGCAAGCUGACCCAGUACUACCUCCCCGUGGCCAAAAAGGACAAGGACCUGCUUCUGUACGCGCUCAUCAAGCUAGGCAUUGUGCACGGCAAGAUCAUCUUCUUUGUCAACUCGACGUCGGCCGCGUACCGCCUCAAGUUGUUUUUCGAGCAAUUUCUCAUCCCAGCCGCCGUGUUGAACUCGCAGUUGCCCCACAACUCUCGCCAGCACAUCAUUGAACAGUUCAACCGAGGCCUGAUCGACUACUUGAUUGCCACGGACGACAGCAUGGACAAGGACGAGGGCGAAGAUGAGGAUGACGAAGACGAGGAUGACGACAUUGGUGACGACGAAAGCGAUGACGAAGAAGAAGACGUGGUUGAAGAAGAAGAGGACGAAGGUGACGAUAUUGGUGACGAUAUUGGUGACGAAAGCGAUGACGAAAGCGAUGACGACAUUGGUGACGACGAAAGCGAUGACGAAGGGGAUGACGAUCUUGACCAAGGGGAUGACGAUCUUGAUGAUGACGAAGGACAAGCGCCGUUGUUGAAGUCCAAGUCGUCCAACUCGACCCGCGACCAAGCGUUUGGCGUGGCCCGCGGCGUGGACUUUCGCGGCGUGAGCUUUGUCGUCAACGUGGAAUUCCCUAAAAGCGUCAAAUCGUACACGCAUCGGAUCGGACGGACGGCGCGCGGCGGCGCCAACGGCACGGCCAUCUCGCUCGUGGCGACCAACGACGCGGCCGAGACCAAGGCGCUGACCCGCGUGCAGUCCAAGCAGAGCCCCGUGGUGCUCGAGUCGCAGGACGUGCUCAGUCAGCCGGCGCCCCUCGCGUUUGACAUCAAAGACAUCGACUGCUUCCGGUACCGCGUGGAGGACGUCCGCCGCGCCGUGACGGGCAUCGCCGUGCGCGAGGCCCAGCUGAACGACGUGAAGAAGGAGAUGCUGAAUUCAGACAAGCUGCGCGCACACUUUGAGGACCACCCGCGGGAACUCAACCUGCUCCAGCAUGACAAACAGGUGGGCAAGGCGCGCAUCCAGCCGCACUUGGGCACGAUCCCAGCGUACUUGGUCCCCACGGCACUUCAGGCACCCGCACCGUCCAAGAAGCGAAAGAGCCACGGCGGCGCAUACAAGAAGAACCACAAGCGACGGACAGACAACGACCCCCUGCACACGUUCACCCACGAAGAGGGCGGGGGCGAAGCAGGGGCCUCCAAGAAGCAAAAGGCCCGCCAGCAAGCAGAGGAGGACCGCAUCCACGACGGCAACGCCGGCAUCGGCGUCAGCACAUCCGGCCGACAAAAGUGGAAGGCGGCGCGCAAGAAGGGCCAUUACAACCCCAAGACCAUCGCCAAGCGCGAACGCAAGGCGCGCCUUGGUGCCAAGCAUUAAGUACACACAACACGACUCAUAACAUACAACCACGUCCUAGUACCUACUACUAGUAGUACCUUCCCAUGGUUGCUUGGCCCUGA